AUGGCUCUGCUUGAAUGGCGUAAUACACCGCGAGAUUCUGUUUUGAAAUCCCCUGUGCUCAGAUUGAUGGAAAGGCAGACGAGGACCCUGCUGCCCGUACCCUCAAGCCACCUGGUGCCGGAAACUGUGCCCAGCCGAGCCGUCCAUAUCCGUCUCCAGGAAAUCCGCCAACGCCAGAGGAUCUACUACAAUCGCCGCUCCAGGCACCUGUCACCUCUCUCACCUGGCCAGAGGGUGACUACAUACGAUACCCAUGAAAAGACCUGGACACCUGCGGUCGUUCUAAGGCCAGCUGAGACGCCGCGCUCCGUGGUGGUGAAAACGGAAGAGGGCCGAGAAAUUAGGCACACACACGAGCAUCUGCGAGACGCACCUACACAUCCCGAAGAGAAACCUCGUGACGGGUCGGAACUACUAGACGACUCCCAGCCCGCUCAAGAGCUACGGAGAAGCACAAGGCCACGCCGGGAGCCUUGCCCCUACCCACAACCAGAAAGACCAGUGUAA